AUGGGUGUUACCGAGUGGUUUUCGGAGAUCCUAGAGUCAUUGCCAUGGCCGCAAGACGUACACGCCGAAGCUCCUGCUGAAGACGAGGAGGAGAGCAAGGACGAAAGUCAGGCUGAGGGUGAGGGUGAGAGCGAAGAGAAGUCAGAGGAAAAAGAAGAAGGUGGCGACGAACAGGCAGAAGGUGGCGACGAUGAGAAGGAAGCAGAUGGAGGUGACGAUGAAGAGGAAGAAGAGGAGGAGGAAGAGGAAGAAGAGCCAGAAGACCCCAAGCCAAAGCUAGAAGCAGAAUGUGCUCGAUCAGCCCAAUGUAUCGGUUACAAGCAUCACUACGAGGAGUGUGUCGAGCGAGUCACUGCUCAGCAUGAAGAUGAAAACUACAAGGGUCCCAAAGAGGAUUGUGUUGAAGAAUUCUUCCACCUCACGCAUUGCGCCACAGCAUGUGCCGCGCCCAAGCUAUUUAAAAUCCUCAAGUGA